UAGACACACUGACUCAAUAAUAGAUAAUACAUUAAUUCCAAAAUAUUUACAAUCUGUUGAUAAGGUUUUGAUCUAUCAGUCAUUGGUUCGAAAUUCGUUUUAAUUAAUAAAAAGUUUAGUUUUUUGAAUGACUUAAUACGCCCUGUUUUUCACUGUGAUAUAUUUCUGAAAACGAACACUCCAAACAUUCAAAUUUGGUCUAUAAAUACCAUUAAAUUCUAAAGACAUAAUAAUCUUAAAGUGACUUGUAGCUCAAACGUUAUGGUGAACAAAACAAAUUCAAUAUCUUGACGUUGAUUUUUGAACAAACCUUAACAAAUCAUCAAAACUUUAUGGGUAUUGAGAGACUUAAUGGAAUGAUCUUAAAAAUUGCUUAAUUCUAACAAAGCAACAAUCAUUUGGACAAUUACGAUAUUUUUUGAAGAAAUGUUAUGAAUGUAUGAAGCAUCUCUUAAUUUUACAGACUAUGCGUUGAAAGUUUUUCGUCAGUGUGAUUUAUUGAAAAAUGAUUCGUCCUAUGAACAACAAGUUAGAUGUAUUGUAUCAACAGUUGUUUCAUUUUGGUGUGGAUAUGUUUUACCUCUUUUCAGUUUGAUGACUGUAAUGACAAACUUAUACAUUGGAUUUUACACUAUUGUAAGGGCAAACAAGAUGCCUAGACAAAUAAUUUACAUCUCCGGAAUAUCCUUGUCAAGUGCAAUAGCAAAUAUUAUGUUUAUAUGGUUAUGGCAAUUUACUGUCAGAGGUUUACCAUAUGUAUCACAUGGAACUAUAUUUUUUUCAAUAUUAAAUAUAUCACCAAUGACCUGUCGCUUUCAGCGUUAUAUGUAUGCAUUUAGUUCAACAAUGAUGUGUAACAUGCAUGUAUGUGCUUCACUAGACAGAUGCUUAACUAUAUACAUUCCAACUAAAAUGAAACGUUUCCCAAAAUUAUAUGGAUGGUAUAUUGACAUCGGGAUAUUAUUAUUAAGUGCAUUAAUGAUGAUACCAUUCGCAUUUAGAGUCGAUUGGCGUCUGGUUGGAGAGCGUAUUUUGUGUUGGGUAGAUAUAAGUGAUCAGUAUGUACAAGGUUAUCAUACAUUAUUUUCAAAUUUAGGACUUAUUCAAACAAUUUUCUUAACUAUAAUCGAUUUAGCGUUUUUGCUAAAACUACGUAAACAAUUAUAUAAAAAUUCUUUGAACAAAUUAAGUGUAACUGAUAAAAAGCAUAUCCAACGUUCGAUACUCUUGACUAUUUCUUCGAUUUCUUUUAUAAUUAUGGCAUUAUGUCAAGCCGUGUUCUAUUCAUUGGCACGAUUCAGUUCGACAGACGCUAAUUUCAACCAAACUGGUGUUGAUUAUGAUAUAGGGGACUUUUUCUGGUACUUGAAUUCCAUACGGGAGUUACUGGAUAUUUAUAUUUAUUUCAAGUGUUUUAAAUUACUUCGCGAGAGUUUAUUGUGCACCUCUCGAAGGUUAUCCAAAGGAUCUUUGUUUAAAUCCGAUCAACCACGAAUUUCAUGAAGCUAAUAAUAACUGUUAAAUUAACAAUAAAAUUUACAUUCAUAACAUUAUUUUUCUCUAUUGAUUACUAAAAUGUAUAUCCAUUCAGUUUUGACUGAAGAUAAAUUUGGUUUUACUGUAUAUUUCGAAAACUUAACAGUUAAAUGUAUAAAUCCAUAUUUCGGUAAUAGUGAACUGUAAAGUUAGAUGGCAAUCGCUAAGUGUUUCUACUAAGAACGAUUGAUCAGUUUUAUAAAAUAUUGUGAAAUUUAUGUUGUCUAUCUCGAAAUAUAUAAAAAUACUACAAUUUA